CUGUCACAUUGAAGACCUCCCUAAUAAUUACCUUGGCUCAAAAUGUUCAUUUGCUGAGCUUCUAACCAUUCAUGCAGCUGACUUUCUUGACAAUAAUCCUGAUUUUGAUUAUGCUAAUGAGACACUUAAGGUAAAAAUUAAUGGAGAUGGAGCUAGGAUGACAAGAAAUUCCAAUUUUAUUUUUCUAACUUUCUCUAUUUUACAAACAGGAGCUAACGUAAUGUCUGCUAAAGGUAACAGAAACAUUGCAGCUGUUAAUGCUCCCGAAUCAUACACCACCUUAAAGGAAGCCUUUAGUGUCACUUUUGAGGAGAUUAACAACUUCAUUGCUUCUGGUAAACUAACAGUCAAUGAUAAAACAAUUAACUUGGAGUUUUUUCUUGGUGGUGAUUAUAAAUUUGUGUUACUAAUGCUUGGUCUUAAAGGUGCAACUGCUAACUAUGCAUGUGCUUGGUGUAAAAUUCAUAAGGAUGAUCGCUGGAAAACUGAUAAUGAUUUUCAUUCCUUUAAUAAAUCUCCAAUGUCAAGAUCUCUCAAGGAAAUUAAAGAGCUAUGUAAGAAAUCAACAGAUAAUUACUGUUGUGGAGCAGAGCCUUUACUUAAUAUUGAGCUUGAUCAUGUGAUUGUUGACGAAUUACACUUGAUGCUGCGAGUAACAGAUGUACUAACUAAAAAUCUUGUCUAUCAGGCAAUUGACAGAGAUAAAAAGGAUGACUUUGACAAAAAAAGAGGGGAGGGAAAAGGUAGCCAUCUCAAAAAGCUAGUUUCCACCAUACGGUCUUUGGGCAUUUCUUUCGAUGUUUGGGAACAGCUAAAUGCUGAUAAGUCAUCAAGUGGUAAAUAUGAUUUCACAAGUUUAACAGGAUCAAACAAAAAAACACUUCUCAGUCAAUUGCCUGAUAAACUGCAUGAUUUGCUAACCCUUGACAGCAGGGAUAAGGUAACUCAACUGUGGAGAGAUUUUAAUAAUAUUUACAUACAAAUUACUAACAUGGAGCUUAACAUUUUGCCAGAAAUAAUUGCUGACCAAGUUAAGGAAUGGAUUGAUUUGUUUUGCUCAUGCAGAAAUGUGGCAGAAGGUUACGAGAGGGCUCGUGUUACUCCUUACAUGCACAUUCUUUUUGCCCAUGUUCCCUUUUUUGUUGAAAAAUACAAAUGUAUUAAAAUAUUUACUGGACAAGGGGUUGAAAAAAAUAACGAUGUAGCUAGAUCUGUCCUCCACAGGAAAUCUAAUAAAUGGGAUUCUGUGGGGGACAUUCUUAAACAAGAAUUUAGACAAUGGGAACUCAAACACAAGGAGAGAGAGAAGAGAAAAUAUGAAAAAAAAAAGUACUUACUGGAAUGAAGAAAUAAAAACUACCAGACAAAAAAGGAGAAAAACUAAUACUGAGACCCCUGACAUGGAACCCUCAACUUCAGCAGACACUUCCGUUGGGGAACGCUCAGUAGACCAGCCUGAACAAGUAGACCCCAAAUCAAUGACUGUCAAACAGUUGAGGGAACACUUAAAAGCCAGAGGUUUAAAAGGCUUAAGCAAAAAAAGUAAAGCUGAAUUAGUAGAGAUUUUCCUAAAUUCUCCAAGAGAAUAGUCAUCUACUGUAUGUCAUUAAAGUAGUCAAUAUCUAGAAUGUAAAUUAUAUAUGUAAAUAGAAUAUCAUACUUUUAAAAGUGCCAGAAGGUAAUUGUGAUAUGGCACUAUAUAAAUAUACAUAUUAUCAUUAUUAUUCUACAUGUAUAUAUUUAAAUUGUAAAAGGUUCUCUAAUAAAAUCAAAUGUAAUUUUCUCAGUA